UAUUGAGUGCUUAAAUGUUUGUAUGUUUAGAGUCAGUGAUCACAAAGUGUUGACAUUUAUAGUAAUAAAAGACUGAUUUUGUGACCACAUUUGCCACCGAUUGUCGACCAAAAACAAUGGCCACAACUGAAGAUAUUUACGGCCGAAGAAAAUGGGAUACCGAUGAAUACGAAAGAAAGGCACAAAAACGACUUAAAGGUAACGACGGCUCUUCAGAUGACAAUCAAUCGGAUGGCGAAGACUCGAUCCUCAAGAGUGACGCUAAAGAGACAAUCGAACCGAAGAAACGCGAGAAUCUGAAGCCAAGAGAAUUUAAAGUGGAUUUAGAGAAGUGUUUGGGAAAGACUGUUGUGAUCAACAAAACGACUGCAACCUCACAGACAGGAGGUUUCUAUUGUGAUGUCUGUGACUGUGUGGUCAAGGAUUCAAUCAAUUACUUGGAUCACAUCAAUGGUAAAAAACAUCAACGAAAUCUUGGAAUGAAUAUGAGAGUCAAUAAAUCAACGCUUGAAGACGUGAGAAGAAGGUUUCAAAUGCAGAAGAAAAAGUUGGAAGAAGUGAAAAAAGAGUUUGACAUCGAAGACAGGGUUAAAGAAUUAAAGGAAGAAGAAGAACGACUUAAAGAGUAUCAGAGAGACAAACGUAAAGAGAAAAAGAAAAAGAAGAGACACGGAGUGGAUGAAGAAGAUGGCAAUCAAUCGGAAACCGACGAAAUGGCAAAACUUAUGGGUUUUUCGAAAUUUUCGAACUCAAAGAAAAAAUAAUCACUAAUUGAAUCCAUUAUUUGAAUUCAUAAUUUACUGUAAAUACUUAUCGCUAAUAAAAUAUACUGUACUUUAAAAUCAAAUAAAUAUUUAAUGACAAAC